CAGCCUCCCGGUGACCCCCGGACCCCGCCCGGGGGCUCGCCAGCCCCCCGAGGAUGAAGAUGCUGGUCCGGCUCUUCCUGACGCUGGUGUGCGCGGUGGUGGCCGCCGUGCUGUACAUCCUGCUCUGCUACCACGGGCAGCCCUGCUGCUCGGCCCCGGGGCUGCGGGACAGCCCCACCGCCUCCAGCGUCCGCAGCUUCCAGGGCUACAGCCGCGUUCCCGACGGGAAGCCGCUGGAGCGAGCGCUGUGCCGCCACUGCGCCAUCGUCUCCAGCUCGGGGCAGAUGCUGGGCUCGCAGCUGGGACGGGCCAUCGACGGGCAGGAGUGCGUCCUGCGCAUGAACCAUGCCCCCACCAGCGGCUACGAGCAGGACGUGGGGGCACGCAGCACCAUCCGGGUGGUCUCGCACACCAGCGUUCCGCUGCUGCUGGGCAACCAGCCCUACUUCUUCCAGCAGUCACAAGAGACCCUUUACUUUAUCUGGGGGCCGGCAAAAAAGAUGAACAGGGAGAAGAUGGGCUCAACCUACCAGGCGCUGGUCAAGGUGAUGGAGAAAUACCCCCAGCUGCAGAUCUAUACCCUGACGGAGGAGAAGAUGACAUACUGUGACAAUAUCUUCCAGAAUGAGACAGGGAAGAACAGGUACUGCUGGCUCCUGAGGAGGCCCAUCACGUACCACCUGUCCCCACAUUGAGUACCCAUAGUGUGGGAGGGCCAGCAGCACAGUGCCACCCACUCCAGUGUGACCACCAUGCUUUGCAGGAUGAAAUCCGGCUCCUUCCUGAGCACGGGCUGGUUCACCAUGAUCCUGGCCAUGGAGCUGUGCGAGCAGAUCUGUGUCUUUGGCAUGGUCAGCGACAGCUACUGCAGGGAAAAGAACCACUCCAGCGUGCCGUACCACUACUUUGAGAAGGGCCGGCUGGACGAGUGCAAGAUGUACCUGAUGCACGAGCAAGCUCGCCGUGCUGGGCACCGCUUCAUCACCGAGAAAGCCAUCUUCUCCCGCUGGGCCAAGAGGAGGAACAUUGUCUUCAACCACCCAUCCUGGGCGGGCAGGUAGAGCGCCAGCCACAGGGUGAGGCAGCAAGAACCUCAGCGGCCGGGCAGCUUCCAUCCUGCAGCAACAUGUCUUAGCUCUGCCAGUGGCAUGGUUGGACACCUUUUGCCAAGACCUGGAGCAGGGAGUCUCCAUCUCUGCAGCAGCACUGCCUGUUUCCCCAGCUGGUGGAUGAGAACCCCCUGUUGAUAUAUGGGGAGCAUGAGCUGGACCCAUGCAGUCCCACCAGCUCCAAACACCUGCCUGGAUGGACCCAGGGAGACCUGGUUUUCUGCUCUCUCUACUAGGAGGAAUAUUUAGUGCAGGAUUAGACAUUCUGCUGGACUCCAGCAGGACAUGGGGCAGAAAUGCUCAGCCCCACCAGGGCCACAGACUGGUGCCUCUCACAGGGACGAAGCUCUACUGUAGUCCUCGUCCUAGUUGUUGCCCUCUGGACAGUGCUGGGUGUGGGGUGCAGGCAGCUGGAUCCAGGCUCUGCCUUCUGCUGCUUGGUGCCUGCAUCCCCUCAACUGGGAAGCCCUGGAGCCACAUGUGCCCUAGGGACUGUGAGUUGCCUUGUCACAAGUGUCCUUGAAUUCAGACCAAAGUAAAUGUGGCCAUUAAAAUUGUUUUUAAUUCA